GCGGGGGCGGGGCCAGCAGCGGCCGUUAGCCGGGACCUGUCCUGUCUUCUCCCCCUCCCCCAUCCCAAGGAGUAGGAGCCAGGACCUGUCCUGGUUUGUUCCCCCGACUCCCAGGAGCCGGGACCUGUCCUGGUUUGUAUCUUCCCCUACCCCUUGGAGCUGGGGCCUGCCCUAUCCUGUCCCUCGCUCCACCCCCGGAGCCGGGGCCUAUCGUUUCCCUUCUUCCGUCUUGUCCCUCCCCCACCCCCUGGAGCCGGGGCCUGUCCUGUCCGUCCGUUAGCCGGGGUCUGUCGCACUGCCAGAAGAUUGUCAUUGAGGAGUGACUCUCUCAGGGAUUUGCUUCCCAAGAACUGCGGAUUUGUUUCCUAUGUUUUCACUCAUAUUUAGUUCCACAUGUGCUGACUGUUACUGAAAAUUUUGUUUCCUGGAAAAUGACUGUCACUGGAGGUCGGGAACCUCGAUACUGACUGUCCCAAGAGUUGGGUUUCUGUCUGCCGGUUCUCAAUGGGGUUCGGGUUCUCUGUGUUGGCUCUCACUGGAGUGUGUGUUCCAGUGGAUGUUUACUUUGAUUAAGCUUGAUUACAGCAAUAUUGGCAAUACACACCAAUAAUAUCGGUAGGAGAAACAAUUGCUGUUGGAAUACUGGUAACCAAGAAAUUACCGAACGUGAAAUUGACGGCACAAGUACUUGAGUGUUCUGCAACAUUCACAUCACCUGCCCAGAUUUCUUUAGGACCUAUUAACAUAGCCAAAGAGAUCUUGGAUUUAUCAAACACAGCAAAACAGUUUGUGACAAUGAGUGAAUUUUGGUUAUGUUUUAACUGCUGUAUUGCAGAACAACCACAGCCAAAAAGACGGAGGCGGAUAGACAGGAGUAUGAUAGGAGAGCCAACAAAUUUUGUUCACACAUCACACAUGGGGGCCGGAGAUAUGUUCGGGGAUCGAAUGAGCUCUAUGAUUGAUGUACAUGGCCAAAUGCAAUCUAAGGGUGGCUACAGUGACACAGUGCCAAUUAGUAUUCAAACAAUGCAACUUAUCGAUACAGCAGCAUCAUAGUGUUAUUCGUCUAACUGUUGCAUAACUCAGAUUCCUCUGUCUUCCUUUAAAGUAUUCAUCUGAAUCAUUGCCUUUCCCUGUCAACUAAGCCAAGAUGAAGUUUGUGCUUUGAGUGUUAAAGAACUCUGCAUCGUGUUAAAAGUGACCACAUUCCUUUGAGGGGAACCUGUUGCUCCUGAUACCAGCUUAUAUCUAGAAAGAAACAGCCCCUUGUAUUUCUUGAACUGAGCUGUAUGUCUUUUUUUUUGUAAGAUUGCCUGAAUCAAUAAAAUUGAAGGUGUUUUUGGC